AUGGAUCAGGUGAUAGAGAUAUUACUAUCAAACAAGUAUAGGCAAUGUAAACCUGUAUUUCCAGCAUCGGGAGUACCACGUGAAUUCUCAACAUCGUGGAUACAAUUCUUUCACGAUUUGAUGAUGUUGUCGUCAGGUGUACGCGAUGCCUAUCUCAUAGAUUAUCCCAUCCCUGAAUAUAAUAACCUAGUAUCAUUUUAUAAAGUAUUUAGAAAACGACUAAUUGCAAGAUUACAAAGAGAUGUAGAGACUGGAUUCACAGACUACCAAUUCAUCAAUGUUUCAUCGAGAUUGGAACAAGCUCAGUUGUGUCAGGCACCUUCUCAUCACAUUCUCUCACUUUCAAAUAUUGCCAAAUCACUUGUUACCAAGAUUUCAUCGAUGCGAUCAGAUGAAUGUGCCAUUAAAUUAAUGGGAGAUUGUUGUACAUUGGAACAAGUCAAUCUACAAAAUAUCUAUGCACCAAUUGUUGCUGGAUGGUUGUGCAACUAUGCAAUCAUCUAUUGUAACAGUGCUAAUAACCAAGACACUUGUUGUUGUCCAGACAAGGAUGGAGUGUACAGUGACAGAGAUACAUUUUGGCAAAAGAAUUGUAUCGCAAUGAGUGAUUUACUCAAAGUCCAAGUACAACUUGAAUCACUUACUCCAUCCUAUUCACAUCUUUCAACUCCACAACUUAUCAAUCUACCAAGACUUUAUAGUUUUUCAAUUCCUUUACAUCUAUUAAAUAAUGAAACAACGACUAUGACGACAACAAAAGAACAUUUUGAAAAUUGGAAAUCAAAACAAACCAAACAAUGGUCAAUUGAUAUGGUCAAUCAAAAAAUAUGGAAAUCCAUCAAUAUUAUUUCAACUCCAAUUUCCAACCUUACAAUUAAUCUUUAA